AUGAUACGUCAGGUGAGACGGUACAGAACACUGAGCUUGGACUCAUGCGCGCAAUCAUACUACAGAAGGAUGGAGUCGCAACGAAAUACGAAAAGCGAGACGUUAGCUAGAGGAGUUCGAGACGAGGUGUCGCCAAACCCCAGAAUGGACUGGAUGUUCGAUAAGAACCAGCGAAACGAUUCAUAUCAUCACAGAGUGGUAUCCCCGAAAGUUGAGGCCUAUAGACAUGAAAUAUUGGGGCAAGCGUAUACGAAAAGGUUGGACCAGCUAACUGAUGAGAUGAUACUGAGUUGUAUAUAUAGCGAUGCCAGCUACGACCUAAGUGUGAACGGAUCGAAAGUAAACACGCUAUUGGUUCAACUUCUCGGUGAAUCGGCGCUGGGCGUUUUUUACGAGAAGCCAAAUUUGAGCGAAAUGGUUGAAGGUCUCUAUAAGCAAAGACACAUCAAGACCUCCUCCAGCAUGAAGAGUCUCCGGCAACUUGUCGGAUUCAUCAGUCUUACGCAUGGAUUCGGCGAGUCCGAAAAAUUCUUUUUGGAUCAAAUUCUGACUAGGUCUCUUAUCGGCUCGUCCAGGAACAAUAUGUAA